GACUCUGACUCUGACUCUGACUCUGACUUUGACUCUGACUCCUUUACAAACUACGUGGCUGCAUCUGGAGGGCGUUGGGGCGUGGGACCCGUCAUCAUCUGUUAGUAUUGCGCAUGCGUAAAUUUGCUUUUAUUGCUGUUUUAUGCGCAUUAAUGUUAUCUCGAUAGAUUACGACUGCGGAUUUUUCACUCUAACUCAACCUCACAACAAUAAACAACUGAAGCUACAAGCGAUGGUAUUUCUUAAUUCCAAUAGUAAUACAUGAGGCUACUUGCUAACGCUGUCAUAUAUAAUGGGGAAUACUGAUAACGUUAUUUCUCGUCGUGGGCCGCCGUUCAUAAAUACUGCAAACAAGUCCUUCAGUAGCUCAAUAAAACCUACAUCACGAUUGCUCACCUGGUAUUGGUCAGCCUGUGGCGUUUGUCUUAUUUUAUAUCUGUCACUAUAUUUGUAUUCUCUGSCUAAAAAUUACAACUUUACACCCCUACCACCACCGACAGAAUCAACUGAGUUGUUGUACCAAAGAAUACUUCAGAAUAAACUCCAAACAAAAGAGCAAUUAUUUCAUCAACUUGAGCAAGGUUUUAGGAAUCAAUGGUGCCGACAGAGAAAGACGCGGGUCAACUGGGAACAAGUAAUGCGACCGUGUUCGGAUAAUAUGGCCUGGGGUCAAGUGAAGCCAGGAUGGGACAAAAGCCAACGAACAAGUGYAUCAAUGAGUACCAUCUAUUAUCAGGAUAUUCGUCCAGCCAGAGAGUUUAGUAGGAUAUUCAUUCAAUCRAGAACAAAGGAUGGUCAAAUCAAACGGAUUGGUGGGGAUUCUUGGAGAGUAUAUCUACGUGGRCCGUCAUCCAUUGCURCCACUGUGUUUGAUCAUAAUAAUGGCACAUACGAAGCUCUGUUUCUCGUUAUGGAACCAGGGACGUACAAACUAAAAGUCAUUCUUGAUUWUAGCUUAUGUGAUGGGUUUAGGGAUCCUCCCAUCGAUUGGUUUAUCAAAGGCAAUCAUCACGGAAAGGAGCAAGAGGAGGGGAUGUUAGGCUAUUUAGAUGAUUACCUACAUGAAACAAUAGACGGACAGCUGUCUAUCAGCAUAACUAAAACCCGAAUAGCCACGCCUAUUGAAGGUAAGUAUAAUGAUUAUAGGUUGAAGACUGAGAUGCAUCAGAAGAACGAUGACUUUGAUUUUAAUGAAGACCUUGUCAUCCAUUACAUAAGACAGGUCCUGGAACAACUUGUCACGGACGAUACUAGCAGCACCUUAGUCAUAAAUAUGGGCUUACAUUUCGUCAUGUCAAUAAACUUCACUACUUACCAGCAUUUUAUUGACAAAACCAUUGGAGUUUUCUUAGAAAACCAAUAUGGUGUUGGCCAAAACAAGUCACAAUUAAAACACAAAACGAUAAUUAUUUGGAAAACUACAACAACCGUUAUCAGAGAACUCGGUUCUUUUCCAUCAAAUUCAACAAAAUGGAGAUUCCUUACGACUCAGCGAAUACUUCUCUUCAAUUCCUACGCAAUGUGGGCAAUGUGUAAGGCUGGGAUCCCUGUGCUUGAUGUUCAUCCAGUUACAGAUUCCUACCCGCCUGGGGCAGAUGAUGGGGCUCAUUAUCCAGAUUCUGUAUUCAGUAAUGCUGAAAAAGCCUUGGAAAUCUUAAAAUUAAAUGAAUUAAAUGGCAAGAAAAGAUUUAACAGGACAACAAAACUGACACCAAAUCCAAAAUUGCGGUGAAAAAGUGAACAUAAAACUAAACCAUUUUAUCUAACAAAUCAYUGCCCAAGURAAAAACGAAUAGACAAUCCAUUAAUUACAAUGACCUGCGCGCGCUGUCACUCUGUGGUUUAGACGUCACUGACACGAGUGAAAAAYGUCUGCGCAUGCUCUAAAUCCGUAUGUAAAUUAGUCAAACAUAUGUAAAUUUGACUUUCAAACAUGCCUGAUAAAUUGGACUUCACAAAAUGCCAAAACUUGGUGUCCAUGCUUGAAACUUUAUCUAAUU